GUUUUUGUUUUUUGUUACCUUGUUUAAAAUAUUUUUGAAUUUGCUCACUGACAGUUAUUGUAGGAUUAUUACUUUCUGUUGUUUUAUAACUUUGGUGUUUUUUUAAUUAUUUGUGACUCUAAACUUUUACAAACUUUACUAAUAUUAUUUAUAAUAUUUAUUUCUAUAACUUUUUUUACUUUUUCUGCUGUUUCUAUCAUGGCGGCCAAUUCCCACAACUCACAGACCAACACCAAUGUUUCAGCAACUUCAAAUACUUGCCUUGAAUUGGCCCUUGAAGGUGAAAGAUUAUGUAAAAGUUGUGAUUUUGAAGGUGGCAUCAACUUUUUUGAAGCUGCCAUAAACAUUGGUACAAGCGACAAAAAGACACUUUCUGCGAUCUACAGUCAAAUUGGUAAUGCUCAUUUUUAUUUAUCAAAUUAUGAAACUGCUUUGCACUAUCACUCUUUGGACCUUCAACUAGCCAAGUCAAUGAAAGACAUCAUCGGUGAAGCAAAGGCCAGUGGAAAUUUAGGAAAUACUCUGAAAAUGUUGGGUCAAUUUGAAGAGGCUGCCAUUUAUUGUGAUAAACAUUUACAAAUAUCUCGGUCUUUGAAUGAUAAAGUUGGUGAGGGCCGCGCUCUCUAUAAUUUAGGUAAUGUGUACCACACCAAAGGCAAACAUCUUGCAUCCAAUAGCUUUCAAGACCCAGGUGACUUUCCCGAUUAUGUGAAGAACUGUUUUCUUCAAGCUGUCGAUUAUUAUGAGAAAAAUUUACAAUUGAUGAUUGAACUUGGAGACAAAUCCGCUCAAGGUCGUGCUCUUGGUAAUCUUGGAAAUACCCAUUAUUUAUUGGGUAAUUUUGAUCAAGCUAUUUAUUACCACACUGAGAGAUUAAGAAUUGCUCAAGAAUUCAAAGAUAAAGCUGCUGAAAGGAGAGCUCAUUGUAAUUUGGGUAACGCUCAUAUCUUUCUCUGGGAUUUUGAAAAAGCUAUUUACAAUUUCAAACAAACACUAAUCAUCGCCCAAGAACUCCGAGAUAAAGUUUUGGAAGCUCAAGCAUAUUACAGUCUUGGUAACACGUACACUCUUCUGAGAGAUUUCAAGACCUCCAUUGAUUAUCAUCUUAAACAUCUUGAAUUGGCCCAAGAACUAAGUGAUCAAGUUGGCGAAGGACGAGCCUAUUGGAGUCUUAGUAAUGCUUUUAAUUCCAUUGGCAACCACAAAGAAGCUCUCAAUUUUGCUUACAAACAUCUCGAUGUGUCCAAAAAAAUUGGUGAUAAAAUUGGACAAGAAACAGCUACCAAGACUAUUUCUGAGUUGCGACUUUUAUUGAAUAAGGAGGGAAUUUCAUCUUCAACUGUAAAUAAGAGUGAAAAAACACCAGAGAGACCCAAAAACAAAAGACUUAGCAUGGAAAAUAUGAAUCUUUUAAAAUUAACUCCGUCCAAACAAGAUGAAGAUAUAUUUAUCCCAAGUGUAAGCACCAAUAACAGUGUUGCUAGUGGCAGUCGAAGUAACAUUGCUUCCAAUGGUAACAUAGCUAUAAAAAGCGAAGAGGAAGAUCAUUUCCUCGAUUUAUUAGUGAAAUCUCAAGGUAAACGGAUGAAUGAUCAAAGAUGUUCUUUUGACCCAUUGGAAAAUAAAGAAAAUUGUAGGCCUAAAUCCUCUCGAUACAAGAGAGGAGCUGUAACUACAAGCACACAGAACCCUAUUAGUAAUUCUGCACUUCCAACCAACAACCAGCCCGAUGUAAACAGUAACAAUGGCUCUCAAAGUCGCUCCAACACUCUACGUGGUAAUAAUUCAACUACAUCUAACACUCGUUCUAUGGGUAACUCACAGAGUGGCUCUUCCGCUUAUUCAACCUCAGAAUCAACUCAUUUGAUAGCAAACAAUAACGAAAAUCCCGAUGAUCUAUUCAAUCUAAUUGAAAAUAUGCAAAGUCGAAGAUUUGACGAACAAAGAGCUCCGCUUUUGAAGCGCAGUUUUACGAUAAAUGGAUCUGAUUAUUAUUCAGGUUCAAAUGGCUCAACCAUGACCAGGCAGCAUAGUUCUGAACGUUAUAGUAAUCAUGGUUCAUCAAAUGGAAAUCGUAAUACUCAACUUCCAACAACAACUUCAUCAAGUUUACCACCUGAUGAUGAUUUCAUUGAACAAUUAAUCAGGUGCCAAUCUAGCCGAUUAGAAGAUCAAAGAUGCGUCUUACCUCCAACACUCAAUUCGAAUAACCGAGAGACAUCGCUCAAUAAUUAUACUACUCGACGAUCUUUGCGUUCUAACGAUAGAUCAAGAUCAUCUAAUGUAACUAAUCAAACUAAUCGUCAUCCUUCUCGAAUUUCAUCUCAAACGUCAAACGGUAACUCCCGAGGAUCAACUUUACCUGACGAAGAUUUCUUCAGUUUAAUAAUGCGCUUUCAGUCUGCCAGAAUAGAAGAUCAACGAUUUGUACUUCCACCUGGUAAUAAUCAAUAUCGCCAUCCAAAUAGAAACAAUUUGCCGUCCUAUCCACAGUCCGUGAGCAGUAGGAAAAGCUCUGUAUCUGAUGACGAAAGAACAAAAUGUUCCAAGGUUUAAUGAGCUUAAUUCAUUUCAUCAGAUUCAAUUCAUCUUGUCAUUCUACCAUUGUAACGUCAUCAACUUAAUUUUACAGUCAAUUUACAUUGAAAAAGUCCAUAAUUAAAAUGAAAAAAUACAGGAAACCAAAGUUACCAACUUGGUCGAAAUGCAGUGGUGUUAGUAAUGCAUGAAAAUCCAUUUAAAAAUGAAAAAUCACUCAAUAAUUUUAAAAAUUUAAUAUAAUCUGAAUGAGUAUCUCUGAUUUUAGUCAAUCUCCAUGUAUUUUUCGUCUUUAUCAAAAGAUAAUUUUAAACGUUUAAAUUAUUAAAAGUAUUAAUGUUGGGCUGUAA